AUGGAAGCUUGCCUUUUCCCCCUCACUGACACUCGCCUAUGCCUCCAGGCAGAGCCACUCGGCAGGCACUACCUUUUGCCCAAACGGGCUCAACUGCACCCCUCGUAUUGUCUUACUGUACCUGAUCCAGCCUCAUUAGCCUCAUUUGAUGGCCACGUGUAUAGACAGACCGGCCAAUCGGUAUCCUUUAUGACCCUCUUCAUUUCUUGCUGCUCCCUUGCAGUGCUUUUUCGGUUUUCUGUUUGUGUCCGCUCUGCCUGCACUUCUUCACUCUCACAAUUUUACUCGCCUUCUCUUCCUAUUCAGACUGACCUCGCCCAACGGCUUCGGACUUUUAUGAGCUCCGAGCUCUCUGGAACAGGCCAUCUUGUUUCUGGUAUAGCAAUUCAACUUACACCUUCACUCAGAAUAAGGCUUUUUUGCCGGUUUGUCGGUAGGUGGCUUGGAAGAAGUCAAUCUUGCUGCUAG